AUGAACCGUGUUCUCUACAAGAUCCAAGGAGAGAGCAUGGCCACCGGCGCAGCAGCUGGUAAUCGUCCCCCAACGGCGCGGGAGGCACUUGAUGCAGCCAUUGCUCGCUUCCAGCAACGGAACGCCCUGUCCUUGGAACUCCAUCGGAAGGCGACUAAGACACUCCCAGGGGGUAACACUCGCACACAAGUGCACACGACACCGUUUCCUGUUUACAUGAGCUCCGGAACCGGCUACCAGGUUACGAGUGAAGACGGCCACACGUACACCGACCUUGUCGCGGAGGUGACGGUGAGCGUCUACGGUCAUUCGAAUCCAGUGAUCCGUGAUGCCAUCACCACUGCAUUCGACAACGUCGGUCUCAACCUCGGCGCGACCACGGUGUACGAGACCACCCUUGCCGAGGCACUCUGUUCGCGUUACGACCUGGAGCAGGUCCGCUUCACUAACAGCGGCACAGAGGCCAACCUUCACGCUCUAGUGGCUGCGCGUGCUUAUACUGGGAAGCGGAAGAUUGUUGUGCUUGGAGGAGGAUACCAUGGGGGCCUGCUCAUCUUCAGGGGAGGAGAGGUCGCUGUGAACAACGUGGAUCAGGCUGACUGGAUCGUUGCACGUUUCAAUGAUCUAGACAGCGUGAGGGGGGCGAUCCAGCAAGAAGGUGUUGCCGCUGUCUUGGUUGAGGGUUUGCAAGGUGUCGGAGGUGCAGUCCCUGCAUCUGUCGAGUUCAUGAGAGGGAUCGAAGCCUCCGCCCGGGACGCCAAGGUUCUGUUCAUUCUCGACGAGGUCAUGACAUCACGACUUGCACCAGGAGGAUUGGCAUCCAUUUACGGUCUGAAACCGGAUAUUAUGACCCUGGGCAAGGCUCUCGGCGGUGGGCUCGCAUUCGGAGCUUUUGGUGGCCGCGCGGAUAUCUUGUCUAUCUUCGAUCCGCGCUUGGACAGGUCUUUGCCCCAUCACGGAACGUUCAACAACAACACGCUGGCCAUGAUAGUCGGUCAUGCUGGUUUGACUCGCAUCUUCACUCCGGAAGUAUGCAAGCAGCUGAACGCAACAGGAGACAUACUGAUCCGACGCCUGGCUGCGAUCUCGACCGGCACAAAGAUGUCUUUUACAGGUAUUGGGUCCAUUAUUGGAUCACAUUUCACACAGGCUGGGCUGCAGACUAUUGAGCGGGAGACGCCAGAGGUGACGGAGCUGAAGGAUCUAUUCUGGUAUGAAAUGAUGGAGGAAGGCUUCUGGGUGUUGCGUGAUGGAAGGAUCGCUCUGAUGAUUGGAACACCGCAAGAUGAGCUCGAGAAAUUCGUUCGAGCGGUGGAGGCAUUCUUGCAGCGAUAUGGCCAUCUUGUGCAGGUCGAUCAAAGCAGAUGA